AUGACAUCCCUCUCCUUAUCCGCAAAGUCCAUGGUGUUCUUGUUCCAUGCAGAUGUUCAGCAGUCGGUGCUGUUUAAAAAAGAAGCUCCUGAAGAAUGGAGUUCUGGUGUGGACCAGAAGGACCCAGAGACCCUCAUAAAGGAGGAAGAGGAGCAACUGAGGAUCAGUCUGGAUGUAGAGCAGCUCAGUGUGAAGGAGGAGACUGAUGAGACCAGGUUCUCCUUCACUGCAGUUCAUUUGAAGAGUGAGGAUGAUGAAGAGAAACCUCUGUUCUCUCAGCUUCAUCAGCAGCACCAUGUAGAAGAUGGAGAUCUUCCAACCAGCAGCUCAGAUGACCAGAUGAAAGCAACAAAUGAGGAGGAGGACUGUGGAGGAGCAGGAACUACCAGGAACCCAGUUCUAAAUACUCAUGGAGAUGAUUCCAACUCUUCAGAGACUGCUGACAAUGAGAAUGAUGAUGAAGAUGUGAAUGAUCCUGAUUCUCAGCUGAAAGACUCAUCAGACUCAGGCUCAAACAAAAAAAUCCAGUCAAGACAGAAACUAUUUAGUUGUCACGACUGUGGAAAAAGAUUUAACGGAAAAGAAAAUCUAAAUCGACACAUGAGAAUUCACACAGGACAGAAACCAUUUGCUUGUGAUGUUUGUGGACAAAGGUUUGGACAAAAGUCACAAUUAAACCAACACAUGAGAAUCCACACAGGACAGAAACCAUUUGCAUGUGAUGUUUGUGGACAAAAGUUUAAAAUGAAGCCAGCUUUAAACCAACACAUGAGAAUCCAUACAGGACAGAAACCAUUUUUUUGUGAUGUUUGUGGACACAACUUUAGAGAAAGGUCAAAUUUUAAAUGUCACAUGAGAAUCCACACAGGACAGAAACCAUUUGCAUGUGCUGUUUGUGGACACAAGUUUAGAGACAAGUCCAAUUUAAACAAACACAUGAGAAUCCACACAGGACAGAAACCAUUUGCUUGUGGUGUUUGUGGACAAAGGUUUGGACGGAUGUCGCAUUUAAACAGACACAUGAAAAUCCACACAGGACAGAAACCAUUUGCUUGUAAUGUUUGUGGACAAAAAUUCAGACUAAUGUCACAUUUAAAAGUUCACAGGAAAGUCCACACAUAA